AUUUAUACAAAGACAAUGUAUUACUUAUUCAAAAAGCGAAAUAGAAAAAAAAACUCUUGGUAGUAUCAGAAAGUCAGAGAUCUUGUAUGGAGAUCGGUAUUAAGAUUGUUCUUGGAAAACAAGGGAUUACAAAUACUGAUUAUUUGCAGAAAAAUUAGUUCUGACAUUAUCUAAAGCAUGGUCAUGUUUUCCUGGCUCUAAAAACGAACAUUUUAAAACUCAGUGACUGUAAAUCCAGAUUUAUUUUAGGGCUUUGGUUUCUCGCCGUGUGCGUGUGCGUGUGCACAUGUGUUAGUGACUACUGGCAGCGUUCUUUUUUGCUUUACUGGAUUCUUUUCAUUAACUCUCAGGUUUUGUUUUGUUUUUUUGAAUGCAUUUAAAAUUUUGUUUGCUAUACAUACAAAUCAUCACUGAAAUAUUUUUUACAACUUAAUUCUGUAUUUUUCUAGCAUAUGAGUUUUAGUGAAGGAAAUAAUUGAACAUGGUUUCCUUCUGAGAAUACAGAGUCGAAGAGCCAGUCACAGAGCUGCGGGAUCUAUCUCUGGGAAAUGUUAAAAUGGACCUUCAAAAAUGCUAGGUUUACAAUGAGGAAUGUUAUAAUUCAAUGUUUACUCUACGGAUCCUUGACACUUGGGAUCUGGACAGCCAUCUUUAGUAUUUAUUUUCACCAUAAUCCUGUGAAGAAGGAGGAGAAGAAGAUCCAGGAGAAAGGAAAUCCAUUAAUUUGGUCCCUUGGGAAGCAAUUGCAAACUACACAUGGCUCAGUGCAAAUACCAAGACCUUAUGUAAGAGUCAACAGGCCUAAUGAAGAUGAAACUACAGAACAGAAGUCAUUUUUAAAAUUAGGUAAGGAUUUUAAGUAUUUGGACCCAGAACUUAUUCAUGGAUAUUCAAAAUAUGGAUUUAAUUCCAUUAUCAGUAAAAACUUGGGCAACUACAGAGAUGUGCCAGACACCAGGAAUAAAAUGUGUCAUAAAAAACGGUACCCAUCCAACCUACCUACUGCCAGCAUUGUGAUUUGUUUCCACAAUGAAGAAUUUAAUGCCUUGUUUCGGACAGUGUCCAGUGUCAUGACUCUCACUCCACAGCAUAUCCUUGAAGAAAUUAUUUUGGUAGAUGACAUGAGUGAAUUUGAUGAUUUGAAAGAGAAACUGGACUAUCACCUGGAAAUUUUUCGGGGAAAGAUUAAAUUAAUAAGAAACAAAAAGAGAGAGGGACUGAUUCGAGCAAGGCUGAUUGGAGCAUCACGUGCUUCAGGGGAUGUUCUGGUGUUCCUGGAUAGCCACUGCGAAGUGAAUAAAGUAUGGCUGGAGCCCUUGCUGAGUGCCAUUGCCAAGGACCCCCGAAUGGUGGUGUGUCCACUGAUAGAUGUCAUUGAUUAUGUGACCCUGGAAUACCAGCCCUCUCCUGUUGUCAGGGGAGCUUUCAACUGGUAUCUGCAAUUUAAAUGGGAUCAUGUUUUCUCUUAUGAGAUGGAUGGACCAGAAGGGCCUACUAGACCUAUCCGGUCACCUGCAAUGGCUGGAGGAAUUUUUGCUAUAAAUAGGCAUUAUUUUAAUGAAAUCGGACAGUACGACAAGGGCAUGAAUCUCUGGGGAGGAGAAAAUUUGGAACUUUCACUAAGGAUCUGGAUGUGUGGAGGCCAACUCUUUAUACUCCCCUGCUCUCGAGUAGGACAUAUUGAUAAGCAACACGUUGCAAACCACACUGGAAUUGCAAAAGCCUUGGCGUAUAAUAAUCUCAGACUGGUGCACGUUUGGCUAGAUGAAUACAAGGAGCAGGUAUUUUUACGAAGACCUAAUCUGAAAUAUCUUGCCUAUGGAGAUAUUAGUGAGCGUGUUGAAUUAAGGAAACGAUUGGGUUGCAAGUCAUUUCAGUGGUAUUUGGAUACUGUCUUCCCGGAACUGGAGACCUCUUAAGAGAGUCUCAUGAAAGGAAAACCAAUCGUUUUCAUGAAUAAAGCGUUAAAAAUUCCCCUAGUCCUUCAACAUGGAGAAGAGAACAUGUUUGGAACAUCAUGAAAUUAUGUGAACUACAGUAAGAAGUACAACCAGAAUGGUCUACAACAGAAGUGCCUUUUCUGCCACUAAAUUUCUGGGGUGGCAAGACCUUAAGCAUUAGAAAUGCAUGCUGUCACACCCUUAAGCCUGUCAUAAAAUCGA